AUGCCGCUCCUCCAGCUGUGCUUGGGGUCAGGCUGGUGCCUGCGCCGGGUCCUCCACCCGUCAUGGGGCUUCGUGGAGUUCAUGGCAGGCUUGACGUGUGUGGCCAGCCCGGGGUCUGGGCCCGUCCAGUGCCUGCUGGUGUCUGGGCAGCGCUUGCCGGUGGCCUGGGCCUGGGGGGUGGGCUCUGCAGGCCUGUCACAGCUGCAGGCCCAGCCCUGGUUCUGUUCUCCGCACAGCCUGUGCCUGUUGCUUCUGCAAGCCCUCCAGCUUUGCCCGGCAGAGUUUGGCCGAUCUGGGGUGACCUCGGCCCAUGCAGCGCAGGCCGCUCAGGUCAGCUCCAUGUCCCGUCAUCCAGCGGCCGGGCCCGGGCACGUGGCCAUGGCAGGGGCAGGGGCGCUGGACGUCACGACUGCUGAUACCUCAUUGGGCAAAGGAGGUCACCGGGCCGAGUUCAGGAUCGAGGGCGUGUUCAGCUCCUUGCACGAGCAGCAGACGACCCAGGGGGGUGUUCCUGCGGCGGCCGGGGGCCCCCUGCCCCUGGGGAAGCGGUCCCCUAACACGGCAGAGCUGGCAUUCACGGGGGCCCAGGGCCCACCUUCCCUGAGCUUUCAUCUUCCCAUUUCAGAGCCCUGA